AUGGUUCAGCCCCGUCGCAAAGGUGCCGCCAACAAAGGCGUCCACCCCCCAGCUCCCGCCCACAUUCGAUCCAACCAACCUCGUCCAGGACCCCAAAUGCAAUACCAGCCUCAACAUCGCAGCGUCAAUAGCGGAUCCUCUCACCAAGUCAACCAGAUCCGAAACCAGCAAAAUGUACAAGGUCGACAAAUUGCCCACCACGGCGCACAGCUCAGUCAGCACACUGCCGCAAUCCAACACCAGAAUGCCGUACAACAACGUCAGAAUACGGCGCUGCGACAGCAGAACGCAGCGCAGCAGAGACAAUUCGCCCAGCAAAAUGCGCAGAUGCAGCACCAAAUGGCCCAGCAGAAUGCCGCCAUGCAUCGUCAACAGCAGCAAAUGGGCCAUGAGUUGCAGUCCAUGCGACACCAGCAGCAACAGCAGCAGCAGCAGCAGAAGAAACAGAAGGGGAACGGCAAGAAGGUAGCGGCAGGCGCGGCGGCGGGUGCAGCUGCUGGUGUCGGGGGAUACAUGCUGUAUGAGCACCUGUCGGAGACGCGUACUCAGGAGCAGAUCAUCCACGAUCCCAGACCGGAGAGCAGUGAAGAUGAAAAUAAUCAGAACCAGAACGAUUCAUCGUCGGAUAAUGAGGACACCGGGUAUCAGAGUCCAUACGAGGAGGGUGGCUACAACAACGGGGGGUAUGACAACGGAGGGCAUAACAACGGAGGAUAUGAUGGCGGCUACUCUGGAAUGCCAUCGCAAGAGAAAAACGAUGGUAAUGAGUCUGACUGUUGCGGCUGCGGCAGUUGCUUCUGCUGUUGCUCGGAUGAUAACAACAACGGCAAUGACAGCGACUGCUGCUCUUGUUGCUGA